ACCUCCGCAGAAAGCAAAAGCAACACAAGAGGCAUCAGCCAGAAACGAACAAACACAAGGUGUAGUGAUCAGAUUUUUUUUCGCCAGUCACAAUCGUCCAGCAGCCUCAGGAAAAUUGAAAACAUUUUCACGAUCGUUUUGACCGGAAAAUCGUAAUCCAGACUGCGAGAAACCAGAUUGCUGGAGCGAGGAUCCUACGCAUAAACAAACACUAGUGGCAGAAUGGUGAUCUAGCCGGAAAAGCUAGACGCACUCUAACAAAGGAUAAUAGCAGCAAAACAUGUGACACAGACUUCCGCGUAAGGCAAAAUACAUAUUUCCACCAUAAAAGUUGAAACAGAUCUCCGGCGUGGAGUCUGUUGGUUCCAUAUCCAUUGACAAGUGUCCCGCAGCUAGGGCGAUAUGGCUAAAAACGAGACGAGAACGUAUGAUACUCUAACGAAUCAGGAAACGAACCCGUUCAACGAUGCGAGCAAGCGAUCACCCACCAUCGAGGAGGAGGAGACACCUCAAAGUAGUGGGCUGGUUAUCCAUGUUGUGCCAGAGACGAGUAAAGCGCGAUGGAACCAUAUCGAAGAUUUGGAUUCGUUCUUCAAUCGACUCUACAGCUACCACCAGAAGCACGGAUUCUAUGUGAUGAUGCUGCAGAGGGUUUUCGAGCUGUUCCAGUUCAUGUUUGUCGUGGUUUUGAUCACCUACAUGAUCAACUGUAUAGACUAUUCUAUACUUUUCAACGACAAAGAUGAGUACCACAAAGUUAAACUCUCGGAAGCUAUGUUGGCACCUGCAAAGUGCGUCGCCUCACUGGGAGCCAUUGAUUGGCUGGUACUGACAAUGGCCGGUCUUUUUUGGAUUUUCCGAUUGUUCAAAUUUCUGUGCCAUUUCGUGCAGUUUUGGGACAUCAAAUUGUUCUUCAACACAGCGUUGAAGAUUGCCGAUGCUGACCUGGACAAUUUAACUUGGCACGAGGUUCAAAAGAAAAUCAGAGAAGUGCAAUCGGAAAUUCAAAUGAGCAUCAACAAAGAGCAGUUGACUGAGCUAGACAUCUAUCAUAGGAUAUUGAGAUUCAAAAAUUACAUGGUUGCAAUGAUGAACAAAUCACUUCUUCCAUCUACGAUUCAGCUGCCAUUUUUAGGGACCGUAGUUUGUUUGAGCCAAGCUUUGCGCUACAAUAUAGGGUUAAUUCUUUUUUGGGGACCGUGGUCUCCGUUCGAGAACAACUGGCAUCUACGAGAGGAAUUCAAGCGGUCAAACCGUCGUAUAGAAUUGGCCAACAAACUGGCCAAUCAAAUUUUCUGGGUGGCAGUAGCCAAUUUUGUUCUGUCGCCUUUUAUCUUCCUUUGUCAGUUGAUGUACUUUUUCUUCAAUUAUGUUGAUCUAAUCAAAAAGGAGCCAGGAACAUUGGGGAUGAGGUGCUGGUCACAAUACGGAAAACUCCAUUUACGCCAUUUUAACGAGCUGGAUCACGAAUUGGAUGCGCGGCUUACUCGGGCUUACCGGCCGGCAGUGAAAUACAUGAAUUCGUUCUCGUCACCACUUUUGAUUGUGAUCGCAAGGAACGUAGCAUUCAUUUGCGGAGGCGUGGCAUCUUUGAUAUUCUUGUUGGCAGUUUACGAUGAAGAUGUGUUUCAAGUGCAGCACGUGUUUACAAUCUUUACGAUCCUUGGGGCGGCGAGUGUAAUUGCCAGAUCCAUGAUUCCCGAUGAAAACAUGAUAUGGUGCCCGGAGCAAUUACUGCGGAACGUUCUCGCACACGUGCACUAUCUUCCGGCUGCAUGGCGAGGCUAUGCUCACACUUCGACAGUUCGCGACCAGUUCGAGCAGUUCUUCCAAUUGAAAGCGAUGUUCAUCUUGAACGAACUGUUCAGCCCUUUUGUAGCACCAUUCGUGUUGAUGUUUACCCUGAAGCCAAAAGCACUCGAUCUGGUCGACUUCUUCCGUCACUUCACAGUCGAUGUGAUUGGCGUUGGCGACGUUUGCUCUUUUGCUCAGUUGGACGUCCGUAAACACGGCAAUCCAGAUUGGCAGAUUACCAAUAGUGCCAUCGAAAAGGACUCUACCGAAGCCAUGAAUACGCCGAUGAAUGAUAACAAUCAGUACACCCAGGGCGAACAUGGCAAGACCGAGCUUUCGCUGGUGCAUUUCACGCUGACGAACCCCACGUGGCAAAUGCCACCGGAAGCCAGACAUUUUGUUCAGGGAAUCAAACGCCAUGCCCUACAAGAUCUGAACCGGCAGCGAGGGAUGUUGUAUGGCCCAACCACCAUGACGAAUGCCAUGGCACAGAGUUUGCUUUCGAUGGAGAGCCUUGGCGAGCAGUACCAAUCGAUAAUACAUCCAAUUCUGCAGACCCACAACCUAUCCAACUCGCAACAGUUAGGUUUAUCAUUGAAUCUGGGUGGAUUCGGCUCUCCUCCCCCGGUUCCACCACCCACUACGGCAACCCAUCUGCCAACCGGACAUUUUCAACAGUCGAAUUUGCAAUCGCAUUAUCAUUUCAACUCGCCACCAUCGUUCGAUUUCGAACGGAUGCUGCAACAAAAUCUCACCGAUGGUAGUACGGCCCCUCUCAGAAGCACGUUCCUGCAUGACAUUAACGAGAACGAUGAUGAUGAAAACGGGGGCAUGGGGGCGAUGGGUGGCAAUCCAAUGCUUUCAUCUAGUCAAGCUGCUGGCACUUUGGGUGAUCCACGAUCGACAAUGAGUUUCAGCACCCGCGGCGGUAUGAGUAGACGAGAGGGACCCGCCGAAGGAUCUCGUACUGGACUUUUGUCAAGUCUGUACGGGGAAAAUGCAGUAUCUCAACCGUCACACGAGUUAACGGCAGCAGAUAUGUGUCUUAGCACUUUGUACCUGCACGAGUUGCAUCACAAUCAUAUGCGACGUCGCGGUGGCAGUCUUCGAACCGAGGCAGCCCAACGGCAGCUGUGGCAACGACCCCACCAGCAGCAGUCCCCAUCGGUUGUGUUUCCCUCUACCAGCGGGUCUGGUUCAGCGACAGCGGCAGCCGCAUCAAGUUCCACAUCGGCGGCCGAGCGGACGCCGCUACUCGGAAGCAAAAAGUCAUAGCAAAACGCCGAGUGGGUCUAACGAUAGGAUAUAACGUUAUAGUUCCACAAGUUUUUUAGGCAAAGUGAUAUGAGUUGAGGCCUGUCCCUCGGGGGUAGAGGUUGUCCCCAGUGUGUUGCCCUACGACGUAAGAGUGGAUGUGAGUGUAUGUGUUCACUGGUAGCUAUGUCCUCCACAAUGGAAUCAGGCACCCAAGUGUUUUCAAGGAAGUGAAACCAGAGCACACGUUCGAAUCACUAAUUUUAAGUAGGAACUCAUUUUAUUCAUAUUUUUGACGAAACUACUUUUUUCAAAUUCAUUGAAAUAAUAGUCAUACGCUGAAGUUCGCGUAUUGCAAUAAAACCGGUUUGAUAAAGUUUUAUUGGUACUUAUGUUUGUAAAAAGGCAGACUACUGACACUAUACCAAGCUGGAUAUUUUCUGUAAAUAUUUACGACUACAAAAUCAGGAGAUUAAAAUAUUUUCAAGUUAA